AUGUCGAUUCUGGCGGAACCGCGUCGUAGGCAACGGCUAAGCGUGGAUCCUCAGAAUGUGCAGUGGAAGAAUGAUGUUCAAAAGAUUUCUCGGAAACUGAUGGAACGGAUGGGAUGGUCCGAUGGUGACGGGCUGGGGAGGAACUGUCAGGGUAGUUCCUCUAACGUGAAAUUGAAGGCAAAUUAUACAGGAAAAGGUCUUGGAGCUGAUAAGCUGGCGUCAUAUGAUAGUACUUGGAUUGGACAUCAUGACGAUUUUGCCGAUUUACUCAAUGCUCUCAACAAGAAUAAGGAACAGAAGGCAACGACUGACGAAGAAAAACAGGAGCGAGCUAAGAAGAUCUCAUUGGAAUUGAAUAGCAAAAGUUUGCGAAGAAGGAUUCACUACCAAAAGUUCACUCGUGCCAAGGAUAUUUCAAAUUUUACGGAAAACGAUCGAGCGGCUGUGUUGGGAAUCGGUUUGAGUAAAACCAAAAACAUCAAGGAGGUCAAAAUGGAAGAGCCCGUUGAAGAGAAGGAGGAAAAGAGUGUUGAGUUGAAGUCGAAUACUACUGUGAGCACCUUGUCAGUUGCCGAGUACUUCGCUGCGAAGAUGGCUGCACUGAAAGCCAAAAAGGAGGGGCCACAAAGCCCAACACAGGAGGUAGGUAUAAAACAAGGGUGUUCCCACUUCCAAGUCAAUUGUGUACGAAAGAAGUGGCGUUUUUCGAGGAGUUAUUGCUAUUACCCUACUAGGAUUUCACAUGGGUUACGCCAUUUUUUAAAUCGAAAUUUUUCCUAUACAAUUCUAUGUCUUCGAAUCAUCGGAUACCGUUCAAAAAGAUUCCUCUGCUCUGAAAUGUUUGUUACACGGACAGUUGUCAUAAGUGAGAUGUCAAGCUUUUGGUUUGUGUCGAUGAAAAUCAACCAAAUUGGCUGCUAA